AUGAGGCGUUUACAUGACGACGUGACACCUAAGAUACUGACAGGUCACUCGAAGGAACAGCUUAUCUGUCUAGACAGGUUGAACUCACCUGACACAUCCCAUGACACGGAAUGCUUUAGUAUGUCGACCACUCCAAAUCCACCUUCCCAAGAGUCUGAUUCUAUUGAUGACGUAUCAGAGGAAGACCGAAACGUGGCUGUGGACGAGGAGGGGGAAGUACAAGUGGAUGAUUCGGACGAUGCGCUCGAGGAAUCACGACCACUACUGAAGGAAUAA